UUCCCCUAGCCAUUUCCAAAGGAGUCCUCAUGGCUUUGGUUUCACAUUUAUGUGUGUGUGAUUAUGACAUGAACUCAUUAAUUUCCUUCUUCUUCUUCUCCAAUUCUCCUCUUCUUUCCUCUUUCUUUCUUGUUGAUCUUUUGUAUUUUAUAUAUAUUAGUGUUCCUAUACUUGAUUAAUUCUUAUUAUGAGUAUGGGAGAUUCAUUUGAUGAAGAGUGUGAUUAUUUAUUCAAGGCAGUUCUUGUUGGAGACUCUGCUGUGGGAAAAUCAAAUCUUUUAUCAAGAUUUGCAAGAGAUCAAUUUCAGCUGGAUUCUAAGCCAACCAUAGGUGUGGAGUUUGCUUAUAGAAAUAUUAGAGUUGGUGAUAAACUAAUCAAAGCUCAAAUUUGGGACACUGCUGGACAAGAAAGGUUUAGAGCCAUAACAAGUUCAUAUUAUCGCGGAGCUCUUGGUGCUUUACUUGUCUACGACAUAACAAGAAGGACAACAUUUGAAAAUUUAAGAACAUGGCUGCACGAACUUAGGGAAUAUGGAGAUUCAGACAUGGUAAUUGUUCUUGUUGGUAACAAAUCUGAUUUGUCCAAUUCUGCAAGAGAAGUGAAUAUUGAAGAUGGACAAAGCCUUGCACAAUUAGAAGGAUUAUCUUUUUUGGAAACAUCAGCAAUGGAAAAUUUGAAUGUGGAAGAAGCAUUCCUUCAAAUGAUCAACAAAAUUCAUGAAAUUGUAAGCCAAAAGAGCUUAGAAGCUAAGAUGAAUGAAGCAACUACACCAAGGUCACUUCAUGAAGGGAAAAAAUUAGAAAUUAUCAACCUGAUGGAUAACGAAGUAACGGCCACCAAACAAAAUGUUAAUUGUUGUUUAUACUGAGUUUACUAAUUGAUUGUAAUUUCUUUUGACAUAUUAUAAAGUUGGAGAAAAAAAAAGGGUCAUACUUUAAUUA